AUGUCGUAUGACAGAAGUAGUGAUAGGCAGACAGAGAACAAAAAAACUAGACCAGAUUAUGCUGAUUUUCAUGUUUGGAUGCUAGAGGCUUAUUGUAAUAACCUUGGAAUCUCAGGACCUCAGAAUCUCAGAAUCUCAGAACCUCAAAGUUUCAGAAUUUCAGAAUCUCAGAAUCUCAGAAUCUCAGAAUCUCAGAAUCUCAGAAUCUCAGAAUCUCAGAAUAUCAGAAUCUCAGAAUCUCAGAAUCUCAGAAUCUCAGAAUCUCAAGAUCUCAGAAUAUCAAAAUCUCAGAAUCUCAGAAUCUCAGAAUCUCAGAAUCUCAGAAUCUCAGAAUCUCAGAAUCUCAGAAUCUCAGAAUCUCAGAAUCUCAGAAUCUCAGAAUCUCAAAAUCUCAGAAUCUCAGAAUCUCAGAACCCCAAACUUCAAACUUUCUAG